UUCCAGCCAGGGCUGCUCGCACAGAAAUACAUCAGUGGCUGAAGGGAAAUGUAUGAUUGAACAGCUUCAUACAUUUCAUUUCAUAUAAAGCGAAAGCUACUGACCUACGUGGGCGGUAUCAAAACAUUGCAUACGAUUCGCAUGACCACGGACUAUUUACAUUAGAAUAAAUAACAUUAACUGAAUACCAAUAAAUUGUGCAUUUUUAAUAUUAAAUACAAAUGUGGAGUGAAAGGUUCUAAGUGAAAUUUGAUAGAUACUAUAUUUUACAUUUAUUGACUGAUCUGUUUCUGUAACUUAUUGGAAAAAUGACAGCCUCUACAAUGAUUGAGCUGGAAUCCUGGAUAAUCUAUCAGUGUGUUCUCAAUGAGUGCCAUGUCUCCGGUUCAUGCGCUGCUCAUUAGGCCAGUUGUUUUAGCGACGAGUUUUUUUUAAUUUCCUUCAUGGUAGCCACUUCGAUGGAGGGCGGCGCGUGGUGCGCUCGCGACAUCUCGCUGCGCGCACAGAAGAAGUUCCUCUCGAGGGUCGGCGGCGCUGCCAGCGCUCGCUCGCUCGUCCUCGACGAACACGCGGCUAAGCUCCUAGACCAGUUCCUUACAGUGCUCCGUGAGCGUGUAGAGAAGCGCGAGGCAGAGAAGCUGGUGAAGCAUGUGAUCAAGUCGGCGGUGAAGCUGGGCGUGCUGCGGCGGCACGGCCAGCUGUCGGCGGCGGACGAGCGCGCGCUCGCGGCUUUCCGCUCCAAGUUCCACACGGUGUUAAUGGCAGUGGUUUCGUUCUGCGAGGUGGACUUCUCCUAUGAUCGUGGCUUCCUCCAAGAUGCUCUUCGCGAUUCCCACCAGUCACUGAAGUCGGUGGUAGAGAGACACUUAUCAGACAAAUCAGUCUCCAGGUUGGCAGGAGUAUUUGCACUAGCCUCAAGAGGUGAUCUCCUCGACUCCCUAUUCGCGGGACAAAUCGAUGAGAACGUCCUCAAACUCACCAGGAUGCUUCGGAAAGAACUGGACAGGGGACUGCUAUAAUCCGACAAAAUGAGAAACUAUGUGCCGUCCUACUCAAAACCCGUGCGUACCUACCAUCUUAAAUCGGUCUUCUAGGACUUGAUUUUCGUCUUACGCUUCGAUAAUGGGAUCACUUACAUCGUUAUCUUCACAAAUGAAGGUUUCAUUACAACGUCAAGGUAGAUAUUCUUGCACGUGUUUUGACAUUAGUAUCGCUUCGGGCCUGCAAUUCACUUGCACUGACGCAUUUUAUUUAUUUUGAACGCUCUCUAAACUAGAAAAUCAUGAAAAUAAACGGCUUAAAUUGGAUAAUGCGGUUAUGUUUAGACAACUGUCGAGACUGUCUUGAAUACUCAAGUAAGACGAUUUAUGUUCUCUACUUAUAUCGGCUAUACUUUAUUCUUAGGUAUUUGGAAUUAUUCUCAAAGAUACAAGACUUAUUGAAACAAACACUGUCUAUCGGCCGGUUAGGGUUUGUACCAACUUUCCGAUUUCCUUAUUUAUGAGGAAAAUAAAUUGUAUAAGGAGGAUAUUAUUAUGGCUAUUUAAAUGAUAUUGAAAGGUUUAUUGACAAACAUUAUUAAAAAGAAUGAAUAAAUGAAUUAUAAAUUAGACAAAUUAAUAACGUACAAUUUAUAAUUUAGUGUCCAAUUUUAUAUUAACAUGCGUGAAUAAAAAUGUAUGUUUAGAAUAUAUUAAGAAAACUUGCCGUACCUAUAAUAUUUGCCAGUAUCCAAAAAUGCCCACAAUUCCUGACAUAAUGUUAAUUUGAACCUUGCCCUGUUUUAGCCUGUAUUUAAUUUUAUUAUUUGUAGUUUCGAUGUAAAUAAUAUAAAUGUACCUAGUUUAAUGUGAUGACGUAUUUGUACAUUGAAUGGUUAGUGGUUUAAGGCAAUAUAUUGACCGUUACCAAAACAAUAAAUUAAUAUUACUCUAAUGAUAAGCAAUUUUAACAAUAAACUUAUUUUUAGUUAUAUUUAAGUGAUAUUUCAACUUGUUUUAAGUUUAUUUGAUUAACAUACCUACUUAGUCUGACAAUAAUAUUUUAUUUUGGAUAUAAUUAUUUAUAUCUUAAAAAAAAAAACUAAAUUUUUAUGCAUAUUUAAGUGAUAUCUUGAAUUUUGUUAAUAUGCGAAUCACGGAUGUAACCGAUUCGAUAUUAUAUGGCCGUUUUUAGGGUUCCGUUUCAAAGGCUGCCAACGGGGCCCUAUUACCUACUAAGCUCCGCUACCCGUCCGUCCGUCCGUCGGUCUGUCAGCGGGUUGUAUCUCGUGAACCGUAAUAGGCAGAGAAUCGCAAAGAUGAAAUUUCCACAGAAUGUAUUACCGCUAUAACAACAAAAUUAAUAAAAAUUUAAAAAUGGCUGCCAUGAAAAUAAAAAAAAAGUGUUUUUCUAGUAUCUACGCUGGGAAGGAACCCUUUGCAUGCGAAUCUGACCCGCACUUGACGGAUUUUUUUGUAAGCGCAACACGCGUAACAUUCUUAGGAGCCUAAGUAAAAAUCAGUCAAUAGGCACGUACCAAGGUAAAUAUUUGUUCAUUGCUGGAAUAUAAAUUGAUCGCAACAUGAUACCUAUAACCUACCUACACAAACAUGACAAAAUAAUGUUUUUUCUUACCUACUAAAUAGUAUAUAAGAAUAUUUCUGGUAUAAAUGAAUAAUUAAGUAACUACUCUAUCGUACUUAUACUGUAAAAACUUUAAAUAUAAUUCCCAGAACAAUCUAAACUUUUACAAACGUAUUAACUUCUAGCUCUUCUUAUCUUCUUCUCUACACUUAUAUUAAAAAAAAAUGACUAUUUUUCCGAAAUCUACUUUCUGUACUAAAUCACAACACAAAAUUAGAAUUUUUAAAUAAUAGAUCUACCUACGUUUAAAAAGGCGUAAGAAUUCGGACCAAAACUUUGUUAUCUAGCAUAGUUCAAGCAUAUCUAAACCGAUACCAUAUCCAUCUUUUUUAGCAAUAAACUUAAUUAAUUUUAACGAUUAUUUUUGAAAAUCUAUACAAGUAGCCACAAUUUACACGUUUGCACAAUACUUGCCACGUAAGUAGUUAAGAUGCAUUUAGACAAUCCAAUGGAUUAUAAUACAAAACAUUAAUUAAUAUGAUAAUUAAUAUCAUAGAAUCUUAUUUUUUAUAAGUAUUUAGUUCUAAACUAGUUUUACCUUCUCAAAAUACCUUUUUUUUUAACUGAAAAAUACCGUAAAACCAAGAUUACUCGAGUAAAAUUCAAAGCUAGCAUUUAAAGAUAAGUUUUUUCAGCUGUAAAAAUCUUUGUAACGUCAGCUAGAUAAUAUCAAAGAGACGUCCUGUAUAGUUGUAUUAAAAUGACAAUAUAAUUGUAUAAUGUAUAAAUAAAAGCAUUUUUAAUAUAAGCUUGAAACGUAUCGUAUCGACUCUCUACUUUGAUUCAAACUCAUUUAUUGGUGGCUGAGAAAUCACUAUGUGGAAAUUAGAUAUUAUUUUGGAUAUUCCGUCGAAGGAAUCCCGGAUUCAAUCCCGGGCACACACCUCUAACUUUUCAGAGUUAUGUGAAUAAUUAAACCUGCCUGAGAGUUCUCUAUAAUGCUCUCAAAAGUCUGUGAAGUAUUUUUAUCCGCACUUGGUCAGCGUGAUGGAUUAUGGCCUAAAACCCUUAACUCUUCUUAAUCGUGAGAGACGCGAGGCUAUGGGUUGAGAUGAUGUCUAUCUUUCCGUAUAAAUGAUGCUCUAAAUGCGAGAACCAACUCUCUCAGCUUUUUAAGCCGCCAUAAAUAUUGAAUUGAACUAUAGUGUUUCUCAUUUGAUGUUAUUAAUUAAUAGUAUUGUCUCUCUUGUAUCAGCUGAAUACUGAAUACUUUAACCUUUAAGAGCGUUUUAAAGUUUUUUGUCGUUAUUAUAUGGGGAAAUGCCAGGAACGUCAUAAUGCCACAAACGUAAGGCCUUCUAAGAUGCUUUUCAGAAUUCGGGGGUUAUAAUUUGGCUGCAUCCGCGUAAAAAUCAGUUUUAACCUUUGGUUUUAACAGAACAUCAAAAUUAAUGUCAAACCUGGUUUAACCUGUUAAAAUUAAUUAACGAUCUGCAAAAUAACAAACGUGGGCUGAAAUUAUGGCCUCAUUUACGGGAAAAAUUUAUUUUAGAUCGGGUUUCAAUAUUCAAUCUAUCUGGUAUCUGACAAUAUCGAAGUCCGUACGUAGCAACGUUGUAAUUUGUCAAAAAUCUGUAUAUUUUUUGACAAAUAGCAACGUCUGCAGAUAGAUUGAAUAUUGAAACCGGAUGCUAAUUUUUUUAAUUUUAAAUGAUUAAUUAUACGCAGAUGUUUCAGUAGUAAAAGCUAAAAUGAAAAACCGGCAUGACAAAUGACAAUUCUUACUGUAGAAUUAAGUAAAUGUGCUGAAUUUCAUGUGUUUUAAUAAUUUAUAUGUUUGAUGUGUUAGUUUAUAUGUACCCACUAUCUAAUGGAUGGUUUAGUAUAGUCAUAUCAAAUGUGUGGAAAACCAUUUUAUAAUUCAAAAUUCAACAAGGACACAUCUCUCAAAAAGUCUAAAUAAGGACAUAUCUUGAAAUAUCUCUUCUCUUUUAAGUAUUUAAAAUAAGUAAAUAGAAAUGCAAACCUAGGUUACUUCAUAUUAUGUUCCUACAUACAAUUGCUACCCAAUACCCAUAAUAUGAAUGCGAAAAAUGUGUUUGUUGGUGUAUUGGGUUGUCUUUUAACCACGUCACAACGGAUCGACGUGAUUAUUUGCAUCGGUAUAGUUAAAGCCCUGGAAAUUGACACGGGCUACUUUAUAUCCCAGAAAGUCAAAGAGUUCUCACGGGAUUUUUAAAAACCACACAAAUGAAGUCGCAGGCAUCAGCUAGUCACUUAUCAUUGUGCUUAACCACAAAAGUUUAAGUUUGCAAGACCGCGUUGGAUUCUGUGAAAUAGCGAUAGAUUUUAGAGCGGUUACGCACUCAUCCGAUCCGAGUCCUUGAAAAUACGGAUAUGAAAAACUUGGAUCGAACUCGGAUAUUGCUUACGCACUAAUCCGAUCUCUGAUCCAAAUCCAAGCUAUUCAGUGGACAUCUUUGAUAUAUCUAGGUCAUACAUCCGAUUUAAAUCCGAGAUAUUCUCAAGGAUGAAGGAAGAUGGAGCUAGUGCGUAAGCUACCAUAGUUCUAUAUGACUAAUUGGGAUCGUAAUUUAACGGAUUCGGGUUGGAUGUAAUGGCCCUUAAUUAUGUGUUAUUUUUAUGCAAUUAAAUAAUUAGGUGUAACUAUAAUCUGUGUUUAUAGCAGUUCUAUAACAUUGUUCGUUGGAUCUCACCUCUAUCUCGUUCGUACUCACGACACAAUAGCUACCUACUCGAUGGUGAAAGUUGUGUUAAUUGUAUAAUUACUUAUUUUCAAGUUUGUUAAGCUGUGUUAUAUGUACUAAGAUUUGAUAUCAAAUAUACAAUUGAGGAAUAAA